AUUGAAUAUCAACUUUCACGAUUUCAUAAAAAACUUCUCUAUGGACAAGGCCCUCCGCGUCGAAUUCAUCGAGCGAACUUGGCAAAUAGGAAGGAGCUUUUGCAGGACCUAGAGAGAGCAGAGUAUGAAUUUAUGAUUAGCCACUGUGUUCUCUGUCAGACACCUGGACACAGCCUGGUUAGAAUCAUGCCUCCCACCGCGUCUGUUCGAGCGUUAACCAUUGACGGAGGAGGUGUACGGGGGAUCAUACCGCUGCGUUUUUUAGCUAAAAUGCAGGACAUUCUGGGCUCUGCAUGCCCUGUGCAAGACCUGUUUGAUGUUGCUUUCGGAACGAGUGCUGGCGGUCUUGUCGUACUGAAAGUAUUUUAUCAACGACGACCCGUGAGUGAGUGUGAGGAGAAAUUAAACAAUCUUAUGGUUCAGUUCUUCGCGAACCAUCCUCCUCCUCGGACCAUAUGGAGCAAGCUCAUACGGUCCAUUCGUUGUUGGUGGUUAGAUGGUUGGUAUGACGCGGAUUUCUGGAAUGAGCUUUUGCGGGAAGAGUUCGGGAGCGACAACUGCUUGUUUGACGCGCAGCCAGUUUCGGGAAUCAAACUAGCUGUGACCACUGUAGCGGAGCGCCCGAUGUUGCUGACUAAUUAUCGACGUGUGACGGAGAACUCCCUUGAGAGCGGCCAUUAUCAUGUCUAUGAGGCGCCAGACAGGAAAUCUGAGCCGCGAUUAUGGCAAUGGGCGACCAGUGCUGCGCCAAUAUUUUUCCCGCCCAUCUCCAUUCCGGGAGUCGGGAUUUGCGAGGACGGAGGACUCAAGCACAACAAUCCGGCCUUGAUUUGCCGGGCUGAGACGCAGCUCAUGUGGACAACUAGCCCAGUUCCUGGCACAUUGGUGUCGCUUGGCACGGGUAAGACUGCGGGUCAGCUGCGCCGCUCACGACCACGCGGGUUUGCCUUUCGCCUCUACGACUCCUUUUUAGCAUCGAUGGACGCAGAACAGGCGUGGGAUGAUCUACUCGGCCAAUUAGAUCAAUUGGACAGGCGCAAUUACUACCGAUUGAAUGUGACAUUUCCCAAUCGAGAGCCUCUGCUGAACGCGGUUACUCAAGUAGAAUGGAUGCAAAGACUGGCAGAUGAUUCAGCGAAAGUUCAUGUACCGAACGUGUUAUCCUCUCUACUGAUUGCCUGUCUGUUCUUUGAGCUAUCUUCGCCACCUCAAUUAGUGGAUGGGCGUUAUCAUUGCCAUGGGGUCAUUAGAUGCCGACUGCGGGGUAAACAGUGGAUAGAAACUUUCGGCCGAUUGCAUCCAGAGGCCUCCGCAUAUCUUCUUGGCAAAUCACAGCUCGACGCCUCGCCAUUCAAUGACGCGAUCUGUACCAGCUGUGCCAGAUAUUGUGUGCCGAUUAGAUUUAUACUUAACAGUUUAGAUAGUACUAUUGUCCUUUCUCUUGAUCUCGGUGAAAAUCAAGUGCGACAUUUUGGCGGUUCGCCCUUGUCUUUGCGCCACAUUGUCCAACGUCUGGGUCUUGAUCUGAUUGGAUGUUCGAGGUUGGCAAAGUUUCCCGCGCGCAGCGAAUGUAGAGCAUGUGAUUUGCGAAUUCAUAGGAAAGCUGCGCCAGGCUCGCAACGGUCUAGCUACAAGAAGCGAGUCCGGUUUAUUUAGUCAUUAGCACCAGGACGCAAACUUUCGUGUUCCAUGACUUGAUAACUUGAGUUAUGUAAAAUGUGACCUUAGUAAAAAUCACCAUUUUUAAACUUCAAUAUAACAUCUAAUGAUAUUAGUAUGGGGAAAUUCUUGAUGUCCUAUCCCCUACAUCGAGAAGCCUGAUUUCCCUGACGCCCAAUCCUCCUAGGCCC